CGCUCUCUAAAUAGUUCAAGGUAUGUACCUGUGUGUUGGUGCGUAACGCGUGUGCAGACCCCAAUCCUUAUCAGUGGCAGACGUUGACAACAACUCGUACAGUUGAUUGACGUCCAUGGACCCGUUACAACAGCCUGAAGAUCGCUUUGCACGCGCACUCGAGAUCCCCGAAGUGCUCGACUCGAUAUGCGUUCAUCUGGACGACCGAGACCUCGUCAAUAUGGCUUGUGCCUGCAAAAGCUUCACAGACGUGUGCAUGCGGAUUCUUUGGGAAUCGCCUGUCUUCGAAGGGUCGCCAUUGGUCAGGAUGAGCCGGUUGUUCCCAGAUGGAGUAGGGAAGUACCUAGGUGAAGGACUGGUAAGCCCUUUCCUAUGUACCGCGCGGGUCUCGUUAAAUGUGCGGCAAGCGCCCGGAUAUGCGGAUUCCAUCAACAGCGUUCAAGCGAUUUGACUACUACGCUGGACUCAUCCGGUCACUCCAUCUGUGGCAUCACGAAGA